CCACAUUCCCCUUCUAGCGCCCAGAAAUCGCCGCUACAUGUUUGCAUAGCAUUUUGAUAGAUGCAAAAACUCCAGCGGAACCACCACAUUCUCUGGGUUGAUAAACAGCCAUGUUUUGCUCUUCACCUGGCUCAUCAAAAACCUGGAAAUCAUCACCUGUCUUCAUUCGUCACCGGACGAAUACUCACCGCCGGACCUCAUUCACAAUCGACUUUUCACUCCACAAACGACACCAAAACCUCAAAUUUUCCGGAAACUUCCCUAAAAGAUCGCCGCCCUAUUGCCGCCUGCGCGCAAUCCUUGGGAAACACGAGUCCAAUUCGAAAGGUUCCGAGCAGUUCAACAGCAAGGAAGGUAGCGGCAGCGACUUUAUAACAAGGAUUUUGAGGCAAAACCCCUGCCAAGUAGAACCCAGAUACAAAAUAGGGGAUGAAUUACUUACUCGGAAGGAAAAAGAGGAGUUGCGGAAAAAGGGUUUUGAUGCUGGGGCCUUUGAGAUUCUAAAGAAGUUGAAUUUGAAGGCAUUUUGGGGGCAAAGGCAAGAAGAAGGUCGGACUGGGAAGCCCGGGGAGGUGUAUUUGAAGGACAUUUUGAGGGGGUAUAAAGGGAAGCUGUACGUUCCCGAACAGGUUUUUCAGCCUCGCUUAUCAGAAGAAGAGGAAUUUGAUAAGAAUGUGCAAGAGUUACCGAGAUUGGAGUUGGAGGAUUUCCAGAAGUGCUUGAAAGCUGACAAGGUUAAGCUGGUAACAUUCAAAGAGGGGGAUGACUCAAAUGAAAGGUUUGGGCUAAGGGACUUAGUAGUGGAGUUGAAGGAAAUCCCUGGUGAUAAGAACUUGCACAGAACUAAGUGGACACUAAGACUGGAUUCAAAUCUGGCAAAAACCCUUCUGGACGAGUACACUGGGAUGCGGUAUGAAGUCGAGAGGCAAAUGUCAUAUGUUGGAAGAUUGCCAGAGCAUUGUCUUCCAGUGGCAUCUAAAAUAUCAACCAGACUGAUAGGACAACUUGGGAUGCUAACAGCUUUGAUGACAUUAGCUGCAGUGAUUGCUUAUGGCUUCCUUGCUUCAGCAUUAUUAGCUAUGACAAGCUUUGCAUGUGUUGUGGCUGUAUAUGUUGUAUGGCCUGUUGCCAAACCAUUUGUCAAGUUUUUCUCUGGCAUUAUUUUUGAUGUCUUAGAGAGAGUUUGGGAUAAAAUUUAUGAUGCUUUUGCUGUUGGAGUUUUUGCCAAGUUGCAUCAGAUUUACACUUUUGGCGGUAUUUCUGCCAGUCUUAGAUUGCUGAAGCCAAUCCUGUUUGUAUUUAUCACUAUGGUUCUCCUUGUUCGUUUCACUCUUUCAAGAAGACCUAAGAACUUUAGGAAAUGGGACAUUUGGCAAGGCAUUGAAUUUUCUCAGUCUAAGCCACAAGCUCGUGUGGAUGGUUCAACUGGAGUCACAUUCAAUGAUGUAGCUGGGAUCGAGCAAGCUGUGGAAGAACUUCAGGAGUUGGUAACAUACUUGAAGAAUCCUGAGCUAUUUGAUAAAAUGGGGAUAAAACCACCACAUGGAGUUCUUCUGGAGGGCCCACCUGGUUGUGGUAAGACACUAGUUGCCAAGGCCAUAGCAGGUGAAGCCGGUGUUCCCUUUUACCAAAUGGCUGGAUCUGAAUUUGUCGAAGUGCUAGUUGGUGUUGGCGCUGCUCGUAUUAGGGAUUUGUUCAAGAGAGCCAAGGUCAAUAAACCAUCUGUCAUUUUCAUUGAUGAAAUUGAUGCUUUGGCUACAAGGCGCCAAGGGAUAUUUAAUGAAUCCAUCGAUGACCUAUAUAAUGCAGCUACACAAGAGAGAGAAACUACACUGAACCAGCUCUUGAUUGAGCUAGAUGGUUUUGACACAGGGAAAGGUGUUAUAUUUUUAGGAGCAACAAAUCGAAUGGAUUUGUUAGAUCCUGCACUUCUUCGGCCUGGUAGAUUUGAUCGCAAGAUAAGAAUUCAACCUCCCGAUGCAAAGGGAAGAUUGGAUAUUCUCAAAGUUCAUGCACGUAAUGUAAAAUUAUCGGACACAGUUGAUUUGGCUAGUUAUGCCCAGAACUUACCAGGUUGGAGUGGCGCAGAACUUGCACAACUCCUGCAGGAGGCAGCUCUCGUUGCAGUUAGGAAAGGUCAUGACUGUAUUUUCAGCUCAGAUAUGAAUGAUGCAGCUGAUAGAUUGACAGUGGGACCCAAACGUAUUGGGAUAAACUUGGGACAGCAAGGCCAGUGUCGCCGAGCUAGUACUGAAGUGGGAACUGCUCUGAUUUCUCACCUGUUAAGACAUUAUGAAAAUGCCCAGAUUGAACGUUGUGACCGCAUAUCUAUCAACCCUCGUGGCCAGACCCUUUCCCAAGUUGUCUUCCAUCGCCUUGAUGAUGAGUUGUACAUGUUUGAGCGCCGGCCACAAUUGUUGCACCGCCUUCAGGUGUUGCUAGGAGGAAGAGCCGCUGAAGAGGUGAUAUUUGGACGGGAUACUUCAAAAGCAUCAGUGAGUUACCUUGCUGAUGCAACAUGGCUUGCUCGUAAAAUGAUUACAAUAUGGAACUUAGAAGAUCCAAUGACUGUCCAUAGUGAACCUCCACCGUGGAGAAAGCGUCCCAAAUUUGUGGGUCCGCGCCUUGACUUUGAAGGAUCCCUAUACGACGAUAAUGACCUGACUGAGCCUCCUCUGAAUUUUGAUCUAGAGGAUGAUGUUUCAAGGAGGACUGAAGCACUGAUGCACGAUUCUUAUGCAAAAACUGUUACUUUGCUGAGACAGCACGAGGCUGCUUUACUUAAAACUGUAAAGGUUCUUCUCAAGCAGAAAGAGAUCAGUGGAGAAGAAAUUGACUUCAUCCUCAGCAACUACCCACCACAUACACCGGCAAGUCUGCUACUGGGAGAGAGAGACCCGGGGAGUCUUCCGUCAUUUCAUCAAGAACAAGAGCCCGCUAAUGAGCUGGAGUACAGUCUGUUAGCUUCGUGAAAAAAUUUGUUGUCGUGGAACGAAAGUGAACUGGGAAGUGUAGACAAAAAUCAGCACCCAGGAACCUGGUGGAGUUGAUUGUGAAUUGCAAUCAGGUGAGGCCUCAGAAUACUAGUUCUUUUUGGCAAAACAAGGACUGCAUUGUGCUUAGAUUUUGUGCUCAUUUUUGUUUUGUUUAAUAUCAAUGGUGGCAAUACAAGGUCUGCAUGUGUUUUGUUUUGUUUAUAAUCAGAGGCCUCAGAUACUUUUUGUUUAAAACAAAGUCUAGUCUAUCCU